GAGAUUGCACCAGGCUGUGAACAGCUGAAGCAAAACGUAAAGUCUCAACAGCAUUUUGCCAUCGUGCAAACCAUUUGUGAGUCUGCAGUUUGCCCUGCAGACGGUCGGGAAGUGGAGCGCAGCAGGCGCUGCAGUAGGGACUUGAUCUAGACCCUGCUGAAAUCAGGGAGGAGGGCUCCUGUUGUCAGUAGCUUGCUUGGAUGAGGCCCUCUCCAGGAAGCAGCAGCCACCACCAGACAAGUCCAAAAUCAGCACAAACAACUGAGCAAGGACCUGUGCAGACCUGGUGAAUACAACAGGACCCUUUUGUCUGUACCAGCUGUAGAAACAUGAAGAUGUUGUUUUUCCUGUGUCUUUUAAUUGUUGGGAUUCAUUCCAACAGUUAUUGCUGUGAGCCUAAUCAUCAAGGUGUGAGAAACCAAAAUCAAAGAGGCCAAGAAAACCGAAACAUGCCACAGCAGACUGUAGGGAACAGUGUUUGUCGGUUCGCAUGUUGUUUCUACAAAGAGAUUUCUUCUCGUGAAAACAGUGGGAAUAUUUUCUUCUCCCCUUUGAGCAUCUCUACUGCCUUUGCAAUGCUGACUCUGGGCGCCAGAUCAGACACUCUGACACAGAUUCUUAGGGUCCUUAGCUUUAACCCAAAUGAGAUUUCUGAAAAUGAAAUACACGAAGGUUAUCGUCAACUCAUGCAAAUGGUAAACAGAAAGAAUAAGGGGUUACAGCUGAAUAUGGGAAAUGUCCUGUUUGUGCUUGACCGACUGAAGCCACAAGAUAAAUUUUUAAGUAAUCUCAGAAACUUCUAUGAAGGAGAAGCUUAUCCUAUGAACUUCAAGAGGGCUGAUCAAGCCCAGAUAAAGAUCAACGAAUAUGUCGCAGAAAGAACCAAUGGGAAAAUCAAGGACCUCAUAAAUAACCUUGAUCCACUUACUGAAAUUCUCCUUAUUAGCUAUAUUUAUUUUAACGCUGAAUGGGAAAAACCUUUCGAUCCAAAAUAUACUAAAAAGAGCAAAUUCUUUGUGGAUGGGAACAAGGCUGUUGAAGUGCCGAUGAUGUUUGGGAUGGGCCUGUUCAAGCACGGCUAUGAUGAACAGCUCUCUUCCACUGUGGUGCAAAUGGAUUACAAAGGAGGUGCUUCGGCUUUUUUCAUUCUGCCUGAUCAAGGAAAAAUGAGGAAGCUGGAGAAAAGACUGUCUUGUGAACGUAUGUCAAGGUGGAGGACAUUAGUCUCAAAAAGCUCAGUAAAUUUGUAUCUUCCGAAAUUCACUCUUUAUGGGACAUAUAACCUAAAAAAUAUGUUAUAUAAAAUGGGCAUCAUGGAUGUAUUCACUGAUAAGGCUGACCUGUCUGGGAUCACUGGGCAGCCCCAGCACCGAAUUUCCCAGGCUAUUCAUAAGGCUGUGAUAAAGGUGGAUGAGACUGGCACCGAAGCAGCAGCUGCCACAGGCAUGGAAAUAGUGCCUAUGUCUGUUCCAGUUACCAUUACAUUCAACAGGCCCUUCCUAAUGGUCAUAACUAUGGAGAACAAUAUACUCUUCAUGGGAAAAAUUGUGAACCCUCUGAAAAAAGAUUAAGUUGAUGUACAAAUUAGGUAUGCGGUGAUCACCACUGUUAAAUCAAGUGUUUGACCUGAUGAGGAUGGCAUGGCUAUGGAGGGCUUUCUCCACCUCUUAACUGAUGUUAUUCACUGUUUUUUGUAGAUGAGACUCUUCAUCAAUUUAAGUUGUCAUAGCUGCAUGUUUGUUUGGGCCUUGUUUUUUUUUAUUUUUUUUUUUUAAAAAGAAGGUUGCAUUCAGGCAAAACUGUCAUUAGAUCUGGGACAAAAUAGGCCUGUGUGAUACUGACAGCAUAGAUACAUCUUCUAGCAGGGAAGAUGAGGAGCAUGUGGGUGGAGAGGGUUGUGUAAGCCUGCUUCUUCACUCACGGCUGCCUUCUCACCCUUUUUUUGCGUUGACUGACAAAUGGGUACAAGUUACGGCACUUUACUACUUGUGCCCAUUUUCCUACCAACAUGAAGUUCAUAUCUAGCAUAGAUCUUAACAUGCAUAAUGCUUACUACCUUGCAUAGUACCAUUGUUGUCCAGUGAGUCUAUUACAUCCUUCCCUUCCAGCUGUCGUCCCAGCUAGGCUGCUGCAAAGGGGUCCCAAAGAAGGCGUGUUUUUCCCCCGCAGAUACAUACUGGCCUGCCCACUGUUUCUAUGAGAGUUUAUGAUCCAGACUCAUUCCAGGGCAAAUGUUAGAGAGUCUAAAAAUUGAGUCUAAGAAAAGAAGAGGUAGAUCAGAUCUCUGCAGUUCAGAACCCUGGAGCCAGCCUUUGUGAAUCAGGUAUAUAGCUCAGAGCAGCCAAAAAACUACUUCUAGCCUAUGCCUGCACCUAAACCAGCUUUUAGAAGCCCCCAAGCAGCAGGAAACACAAGCCAUCUCCCCUUGGUGCCAGUGCCUGUACCAUUACCAUCUGGCCCUGGGAGAUUACCCAUGGUAGUAAGCACCAUUCCAGUAUUGUUUGUAGGAUCAAGCACCCUACCAGUAACACCUAUACCCCAUCAGUGACACUUACCGUGUCUCUUGACAUAACCCCUUCUGUUCCCAGACUGUCCAGCAAUACAACAUUGGUACUCUAUUUCUCGUCCGCUUCAUGGUUAGUAUAGACACAAUAUUAUAAAGAUCUGUUUUCACUAUUAAGAUACACAAUACUAAAAGUCACAUUCAUAAUGCACAUGCUUAUUUAUUUUUUCUUGUUUACUUUCCUAUUUUUUCUUCUAUUUUUCACAACAUCUAUCAGUAUUUUAUUUCUUUGCUCAUGUUCAUGGUAUAUAUCUGAUCUCUGGUUGCAGGAGGGGUAAAUUAUUGACUAAAAUGGGUUAGUCUGUUAAUAGGUAUUAAGCAUUAACACCAGUCUUUGUACAGCCUUGAAAUUUGCAGACAAAUGUACUAUGGUAGAAGAACGACAAUGA